AUGUCUACCGGAUACAUGAAGCGGAAGCGUGCCGACGACGCCGAUUCCGGUGAUCACGGACGAAGGCACAAGCUGCAUAAACAAUUCUCAACCCGACCGAGACCGAACAGAAAUCCAGGCUCGAAACCUCCGCACGCGCGCUCAGGCCCCUCAAAAUCAGCGGAGGAGGAAGAAGCCCAGAAGUCGAUAAAUGCACUCAAGAGCAGAAUACGCAAUAUCAGGCGAUUGCUAGCGCACACCGACAACGACCCGACGAAUCGCAUGCCUCAGGGCAUCCGCAUCGAGCGCGAGCGAGAACUCGAAUCAUGCAAGCAUGAGCUAGAAGAGAAGGAAACAGCGAAGCGAGAGGCAAAGUUCAGAAAUGACAUAAUCGGGAAAUAUCACAUGGUCAGAUUCUUCGAACGGCAAAAGGCUACGAGAACCGUGAAGCGCCUUCACAAACAGCUAGCUACUCUCGCAAACGAAUCAGAAAAGGCCGAAAAGAUGCGCAGCAUACAUAAUGCGGAGGUUGAUCUCAACUACACCCUCUAUUAUCCGCUUUUGAAGACGUACGUUUCGCUGUAUCCGAAGGGGCAGAAAGAGGAUGGCAAGUCCGGUGAUACUACACCACCAACAGAUGGUCCAAAAGGCGAUGUGGAUAUGUGGAAGACUGUGGAGAAAGCCAUGGAAGAGCAGACCCUUGAAGAGCUUCGGGAGAGCAGGGAGGGAGUUACUAUACCAGGAGCGCCGGAGAGCAGCAAGGCCAAGGAGACGAGCAAGGACGGGAAAAAGGACAAGAAGGAGAAGGUCGCGAAAUCCAAGAGCACCGAUGUCGCGACGAAGGAUGAAGACGAAGAAGGGAGUGAUGAAGAAUUCUUUUUUGCUUGA